AUGAUUGCGUUCAUGAAAUGGAUGUUUUGCGCUUCGCAGGUAUUUCCGGGGUCGCCAGCUGACGGGAAUUUGCAGCGUGGCGACAUGGUUAUGCGCAUUCAGAAUCACGACGCUGCUCAAAUGAGCCACUUGGAAGCACACGAUGCCUUCAAAGCUGCUGGCAGUCAAGUCAGCCUUUCCGUGCACAGACACGCGCCGCCUGCCCAAACGCCGCUCAUCAGCCAGAUGGCCAUCGGCGGCGGCGUUUCUCCGGGCCGCACGCGGUCGCCGAUGCCCGGUGAGACGACAACGGCGUCCAUGACGUCGACAUCCAUGAUGUCGACUUCCAUGUCGACAACGACGACUACUACUCAGCAGCAGCAGCAGCAGCUUGUGACUGAAAUGCUGCCUGCGCCGACGCUGGUGCCGACACUAGACCGUCGAUCCUCGACCCGGACUCAGGUCAACGAGUCCUGGCAGCGUGAGAUCGAGAAGCAGGCCAUUCAUCACCAGGUAGAAACGGAUAGGCGGCAACCACUCCCGAAUGCACUUCGUAGGGAGAAGUGGUGGCCAUCUGGUCGACAGGCGGACUUGUCAGCACGGCAAGAAUGCACUGAUAUCGCAAACUCUUCUUGCGCCGGGGAAUUAGUUCGCCUUCGACCAGCUGGUGAACCGCUUGAGAGUGGUUUUCAACGCGUUUGCCAAGGGUUCUGGGAUCGUAGCCCAGGCCCCUUAUUUCAUCCGCAAACGGUAAAGCACGUGAUUCCCAACUAUGGACAUCACAGUCUGCGCAGACCAUUCGCGCACGCCAGCAGCGGCACCCGCCGGAACACCGAGAAGCACGACAUUCAACAACAGGCUUAUCGCACGUUGCCGCUGAUCACACCUAGCGUGAAGGUGAAGCGAGACCUGCCGAUCGGAUCCUACUUACGAUUCCAAUACGACCCGAAAGCUGGACCUCCGAACCUUGAUGCCUAUGGGACUGAAGAGCUACAUGCAGAGCAUGCCGGUGGUCACGGCAGUGAUGCCGCCAUGAAACAAAGUGUUGCGGACGCAGUGACGAACGUGGCAGCGACCAAAUUCUCUUCGUUCCCGAUCGCCGAAAACAAGACCGUGGUGAACCAGCAGUUCAACUCGCCCAUCAACCUGUACUCCAAGGAAAACGUGCAGCGAACGGUGCAAGAACAAACUGGGCUGACUCCACCUGGAAUCCCGGUGCCCAAACACUAUGACCCCAUGAAAUCGCCGACGUACCACGCGCUGCAGGAGAUGCAGGACAAAAGAGAGCAGAAACCGGUGCAAUCCAAGGUGUACACGGCUCCACAGACCGUGGGACAUCAACAGCAACAACACCUGAACCAGCUUGGAGUGGCUGAUGGAAAGAUCCUGCAGAGCUACAGCUUCAACAGGGUCAUGAUGGACGUGCUCGGCGAGUCCGCGCUUUAAGCGCCUGACUACAUCGACACUCAUGCGUAUUCGCUCGGAUACCUUUUCUUCUUGGCGCUUUUUUCCCCCCCAAAAGAGCAAGAUCACCUUGAGAGUUUAAAAAAGUUUGAUGAAUUUAACAUUGACAGUACAGGAUUUGUGUGUGUCUUCGAAUCCGACGCGGAUCACCUGCGAAAGUCUUUUCGCCAGUUUGUCUCUCAAUUUUUUUUUCCGGGCCACUUGAAGGGCUUUAAUUCUUUUCAGAAGACGAAGUAAAUCGCUGAACGACGACGGUUAGGUGGAUCCUCAUCAAUCAAGAAAAAAUAUUUCUUUUUCGAUCGACUCCGUUUUCUAUUUUUGAGCCUGGGUUUUCUGUUCCUAAAAUAUGAACCAGCAGUAGCAUCACGAAGAAUUUUUUUUUUUUCAAUUUAUAUCGAGUGGUUCCUGGGACUAGAACAGUAACUGAUUGGCGAAAAAUUCUCGAUUCCCUGAGCUUGUCUUCAAAGCUGUUCUUGCUCUGACGAAAGACAGUGGGUGAUGGCCACUUGUGUUUUUGAUGUUUGUGUCGCGUUCUUUUGCAAACGUGUUUCACUUAUCGGGCGUGAAAUUUUGAGAAAAACCCUUGAAAAAAAAAUGAGGAUUUAGUGAACUUGCUGAUGGUACUGUUUCUGCGACUGACUAUUGCCUUUCGCUCGUCCGUCCACCGACGCGCCUGGCAUUCGAAUCAUUUCAGAGCUGCGAAAAUUUCCUGGCUGAUUCCAGACGCGCGAGUUUUUCCUCGAUUAAUUUUCGCCUUAAUCCCCCCUCGGCUUUCAUAUUUCUUUUUCUUUUUUCGGCCAGCGUGUCUGAGACGAGACGCUCGAUUGUGUGCGUAUAUGUGGUUGAACGCAUGUAUGUGUGUGCUCUGGGUACUGGGUUAAUCGUGGUUCGUUUUUUCAAGCGUGCACUUGAGCAGUAGUAGUCAGCGCUGUAUUUCGCACUCCGCAUUGGAAUCCCGGUGAGACCGAGUCCCUCCUUCAGGCGGCACGCGGCGAUUUUUCUUUUCUUCCUGAUUUGGGAAAAAAACGCUUACGACGCGUGUCCUCUAAUUGCUACUCACGGCGUUUCGUUGUGAAAUCACGCGUCCAUGCACAUCGCGAAAUGAGCAAAACAUGAAGAGAAAUAGAAAUGGCAAUGAUUAUUCGGAA